AUGGCGAAGCACCGUGCCGCCCGAUACCACAAGUCCCGGAGGAUUUUUCAGCUUCUCGCCAUAUACAUCCAGGUCUUUAUCGUCGUCCAUCUCAACUGGAAAUCCUUUCGUGCUGUAACUGAGGGCAAAGGCGAUACCGUCAUCGUUCGGUUUCAUCUUGCUCUCCUCGUUGAAGGCUUUGCUGAAGAUAGCUUUGCCUCGGUCAUCAUGCGCGGUGAUGUAUCGAUGGAUCUUUGGGAGGGCACCAAUAUGAGCCAUCUUGCGUGCUUGAUCGUGGCUCUGCUUUCGAGACAGAAGGCGAUUGAGGAGUUGGGCUAUUCCGAUUUGAACCUUACGUCGUUGUGA